AUGAUGCCUUCUACUACCACCCGUGCCUUGCGGCAAGGUCUCGUUCGACCCUUGCCGUCGCUUUCCUCACAAGCACAAGCACAUGCACCACGAAGAGCAGUUUCCUUUCGACGAAAUGACGACAGCAGCAAACGAUCGGUUUCCACUUUGAUUGUCUUGCGACACGGCCAAUCGCAGUGGAACGGACCUCAAGCUAGAUUUACGGGAUGGUGUGAUAUUCCUCUUACGGUGAGAGGACGAGUGGAAGCCGUGGCAGCCGGACAACUGAUGCGGAGUCGAGGAUUCGAAGCCAAGCGGGUCUGCGUCGCCUUUGCCUCGGAACUUCAACGAUCCCACGAAACCUGUGAACUCGCCUUGGCGUCCAUGGCCGGUCACGAACAGGAGACAUGGAAUCCCUAUAGAAUUCGAAAGGACUGGCGUCUCAACGAACGGCAUUACGGUGCAGUCCAAGGAUUUUACAAGAAUGAUCCCGAUCUCAAGGAGGAUUAUGGCGAAGAGACCAUUCGACACUGGCGUCGAUCCAUGCAUGGCAAGCCUCCCAAGAUGGGCAAAAUGCACAAGCACUACAUGCCUCCUCCUGCUCCUCAGACCGAAAGUCUGUACGACUGCCAAACACGCGUGGUCGAAUGCUGGGAGGAACGCAUCGCCCCCGCCCUCUUUGAAGAGCAAAAUCUGCCGUAUCCACCCGACCAACGCACGGUCUUGUUGGUGGCACAUGCCAACACAAUCCGCUCCCUCAUGGCCUACUUUGACAAUGUCCCAGAAGAUCAGGUCCAGAACAUGUACAUUCCCAACUCGGUUCCCAUCUUGUACCGAUUCAAUACCGAGACUCGUCAACCCAUUUCGGUCAAAUUGGAAUCCAACCACGGAGGCUCCCACGCCCGAUGGAUGCUGGGUCCCGAAAAUCAUUCCGCCAUUCGGACGGCACUGACGCAAGGGGGGACUUUGACCAGAGCCAUUUUUGAUGCCCUGGGGGCCGGCCGGGAUCUCACCAUUACCGGCCGGGACAUUGAGGUGGGCGUCCGCGAACUCAUGCGGGACGACGCUCCGAUGGAUUGCGUCGUCAUGGGAGUGGCCAAGGAAAUUUGCCGCAACAUCAAGCCAGACGAAAAGAUUCAUUAUUCGGAAUUUGAACGUUUGACUCAAGAGACCUUGCAAAAAUUGACCCUCAAGAAUCUAGGCCCAUCUGAUAUUGUCGCCAAGGAUUCUGCAUCUCAUGGUAGCUAUUAA